UACUCUGCUGCUGCUAGGUUGUGUCGUUACAACUCUCUGGCGUCUUUUACCGUACUGCUUGGGAUGCUGUUACGAUAUGAGCUAAAACCGGGAAGCUAGCUAGUCAUAGUGAGUUAUUAUCCAUUGUGUAUGGAUAGGUGAAAAUAAAGCGUUUCGUGCACUAAUGUGUCCAGCUAGCUGUUAGCUAACGUUAGUGCCUAGGCGUUUAGAUAGCUAGCCAGUUAGCAAAAGAAAAUGCAUCUUUUGUAUACAGUUCUCGCUGCACUUUUGUCUUUCCUGGUCAUGAAAUGGAUGAAGCGCAGAAGGUACUGCAUGGAUGUAAAAAGACUGGAUGGAAAAACUGUUGUUAUAACUGGCGGUAACUCUGGCGUCGGCAAAGAGACAGCGGUGGCUUUGGCCCUGCGAGGAGCCCGAGUUAUCAUUGCCUGCAGGGAUGAAGACCGAGCCUCCAAGGCCGUACGGGAGAUCAAGAACAGGAGCCGCAACAUGAACGUACUCUUCAUGGAGGUGGAUCUGGCCAACAUGAGGUCCAUCCGAGAGUUCUGCAAGAACUUCCUGCAGAAGGAGAAGAGGCUGGAUGUUCUCAUCAAUAAUGCAGGUGUUCCCAGUGUCCUGGACUGGACCGACGAUGAUUUUUCCAUGUGCUUUGGCGUAAAUCACCUGGGUCACUUCCUCCUAACCACUCUUCUUCUGCCACGACUUAAGGAGAGCACGCCGAGCCGCGUAAUCACCCUCACCUGCUCCAGCUACAAGUACCAGAGACUGGAUUUCCAGGAUCUUAACUACAACCUGUUUCCUUUCUUCACCUACUGCCGUAGCAAACUGGCCAAUAUCUACUUCACCCAGGAGCUGGCUCGCAUCACCGAGGGCAAAGGAGUGACUGCCUACGCUGUGCAUCCUGGUUAUGUGCAGAGUAACUGGACGUGCCACUACUCCUUCCUGUACCAGCUGCUCAUGAAGGUGGUCACGUUUAUGCUUUUCGUGCCGUGCGAGGCCGGGGCGCAGACGGUCGUGCACUGUGCCGUAGCAGACGAGGUGACUGCUCACAACGGGGGUUACUUCAGCGACUGCAGACCCGCCUCGUUAAAACCUUACGCCAAGGACAGCGGUGUGGCCAAAAAACUCUGGGAAGCUAGUGAGAGGAACCCAAAACAGACAGCGGGCUACCGUGAAGACUUCAACUUCAGAGUAACUAGGUGAAACGGAAGAACAGCAGGGAAUUAGGAACGGCGUGAAACGAUACGGUACUAAAACAACCGAGUCGAGUGGUUUGCGUUAUCAGUGCAGGUAAUAUUACUACAUCAUUCACAUCAGAUUCAACUUCUCCACUGUUUCGUAACUGAUGACCCUUACGAGCAUCCUGAAAGCAAGUACGUCUACAUCUCCACUUCCCUGAUGAAUAAGAGCAACUGGGAUUUCACUCCACAGGUCUAAGUGUAUUAAGCACAAUCACUAUAAUUACUUCAGUGUCUAUCCAACAGAGUAACGCAAUUAUUCAUGCUGAAAGCGAAUCCAAAUCCUCCGUUCGGUUCCUGUUCAUUCAGACAUCACAUCAGCCACCUGCACUGACAACAAGGAGCGUGAAUACGAAAAAGAAAAAAAAAAAAAAAAAGCAUGCCUUGAAAUAUUAUCACCGAUUUUAGAAUCUUGAUCUCAGUGUUUAUUACACCUUUUUCGUUUACAUAAUAUUCAUCGAGACAAAAAUAUUUUUAUGCACUUACAAAGCUUGGAAAAUAGAUAAGAGAAAGGUUUAAAUAACCAGCAUUCAAUAGAAAAUGAAAAUAACCCCCCCAAAAAAAAUAAAGAAGAAAGAGAAAGAACACCAAACUUCUUGUUUGAGUGACUUGUCAUGCAAAGAAAGUCCGGCUAAAACGCUAGUAAACUGCCGCUUUAAUACUGUGUGUCCUGUUUAAGAGUAAUAAUGUGCAUCACUUAUUUUACAUGAUUAUUUUCAAUGGUAAACACACAUUAAAGAAGAACAUUAGUACAUUUUACAUGCUGUUUAGUUAUGUUUUUUUUUUUUUUUUUUUUUAAAUAAUAUUCACGGAGUGACCUUGAGUGGGUAUUUUUUUUUUUUUUUUUAUAGCAAACAUAUAUAAACAUAUGUACUAGUCUCAUAUCACUUUGUGUCAAGACAAGAGACGAGAUGAGCCAUCCAGAGUGGGACACAAAAGGGAUCCACAGAGAAUUGACUCUAAAAUACACCCGGCCCGAAGCACAGCACUAGAGCCAAAACAGAUACCCAUCCUGAUUGUCUUAUGGGGUCGCUCCCGUUCACAAAUACGACUCCUUUUUAAAUGAUUCACUGUAGGAUCUGUAAAAGGGGCUUCGAGGAAAAUAAGUGCCCAUCAAAGCUGUAAAAGCUCAAAGAUUAAUAACAAUAUUCACUAAAGCCUGAUAUUGUCACUACACUGUAAAACAAUGACAAUAAAAUUCGCUCGUGAGUGGAAAAAAAAAGG